GCGCCGGCCCCGCCACGCCCCGGCCCGCCGGCGGAGGGGAAGCGGAGGGAGGCAGUGUGAUGGCGGCGGCCGCGGGGCUGGGGGAGAGCGCCGGGGCCGAGCCGCCGGGCGCUUGCCCCGGCGCGGACAGCGGGCACGUCUCCCAGAGCCACAGCAGCGCCUCCGGCCUCGGGGAGCCGGAGGACGAGGACGCCUCGGAGGCGUUGCUCAGCACCACCGCCGCCGCCUACUCCGCGUACCUGCUGGCCGACCGCAGCCUCUUCAGCGAUCAGAUAGAAAGCUUAGACAAGAACCUAGAAGAUUUGCUGACCAGAGUGGAUGAAUUUGUGGGAAUGCUGGACAUAAUUCGAAGUGAUUCCUCUCAAGUUGUCAAUGAAAGUAUACCUGAAAUUUACACAAAAGCUACAGAAAUGAGACAGAUAUACAGGAAGAUUGACAACCUAGAGGCUUUUGUGAAGAUGAUUGGCAAUAGCGUAGCUGGACUGGAAGAACGGGUCAUAAAAGCAGAAACAGACCUUGGAGCUUUUCCAAGCACAUUCAAGAAAAUCUUGCACACAAUCAGCAUACCAUCCUUCCUUAAUAAAUCAUCUUCCUCACGACAACAACAGACCCUCUACGAACCUCCAGUCCUCUUCAAGACUGAAGACUAUUUUCCGUGUCUUAAUGAAGCGCCUUACCAAUGAUUUUUGCUUUGGGAUUGAUAUGAAUCAGCCAGAAUAGAGACAGCCAAGUGAACAAAAGAAAUACUAGCCUCAAAAUUGCUGCAUUUUUCAACAUUAUUGAUGGCAUAUUGUCAUUCUGAUUCUCAUUGUCUUCCUUCAGGCAGUAUUUUCAGGUAAUCUUUGUUUGUGUACAUUAUUUCAAAAGUCUUCCUAAAACACAGUAUAAAUUUUCAGAUUAUUUUGGAGAAGGAACAUAAGAAUACUUCUUCUUUAGGUUUAUUUUUUUCCCCUUUUUAAAAUAGAGAAAUAAUAGGAAACAAUUUUAUAUAUAAUUUUUUUAACACACAAAUACUUGUGCUGCUGCAAGUGUAAAUAGCUAUACCACAAAGACGUGGGCCUUUGUUUUUUGUUUGUUUGAUUGUUUUUUCUUCCCUGGAAUGUACUGAUCAGGUUGUAAGAAAAACUAUGCAUAAAAUAAUCUACUCCAAGUUUUGGAACCUGGUCCUUGCAGUUUGUAUAGAGAAAUGCUCUACGUUGGGAUGUACAGGUUGUAAGAGGAGGACUUGGAAGAUCGGCGAGGAGUCAAGAGCAUGGAUCAAUGCACAUGGUCUAGUCCCAGUUCACAAAGCAAACAUCCUGCCCCCACUGAUGAUCAUCAUGUCACAGUAACCUGAGAUUCUAAUUAUUGCAGCAUUGUAUUGUUUGAUGUGUGACCAGGUGGGCAUAAGAUAAAUAUAUAAAUAUGUAUAUAUAUAUAUAUAUGAUUACCUGCUGUCAAAGUAUCUAAGUUGAGGCAAUGAUGUCCCUGGGCUGAGUCUCAAUCAGGUGCCUGGCCAGACUGUCCCUCUUCAGUAACCCUCCAUGUGGUUACUGGGAUUCCCUGCUGGUUGCGGUGUGAGUGUAUUAUCAAUAAACUAAUAGCUAUCUAACCCCUGUUGUUGUGGUCUUGCAUCUCACCUGACAGUCUCAAACUGCACCGUUGUUUCUGAGAACCUUUUUUCAUACAGCCUCACACAAUGCGUAGCAGGUAUUAAUCAUAAAUUGUUGUAUUCCUCUGAAAGACAAUUUUGUCACUGCUGUUUUACUACCAAUAUAACUCACUAGAAAUAUCCAAAAUUCAGAUUUCAGGGGAAUAAGGAAUGCAUAAUCAACAUGCCUGUUGAUUUUGUGCAAGCACAGAAAAAAGUAUGCAGUUGUAGAGCAAGGAUUAUAUAUUAAUAGCUAAAGCUUUGAAAACCGUAUGGUCUUGUCUAAAUAGUAUCUGAAGCAACAUUUAGUAAAAAUUAAAACAAAGAUUGUGAAGUCAAAAUUAGUAGGUUCCAAAAGCAGUUCUACUGUAAAACUUACUUGAAUUUUAACAUAAAGAAUCUAAAAAAAUUGUUACAUGUAAACGUGCAGAAAGGCAGAGCCAUUUGACUUUGAAGAAGGACUUCCCCCUUCUUCCUAUACUCCUGGCCUUCAUAAUUAGUUCGCUAUUUAGGUGUUCUACUGCGGCAACAGUUGCAUUUCCAAAAGGUGCCAUACUUUUCAGUCUAUGCAUAAAUAGCCCGUGAAGGCUUAUCACUCCUCAGUGAAAUCUAAUGAAAUGGCUACUUAGUGUAGCAACA